AGCCUUCAUAAUGAGUGGGGUUUUGUUUAAUCACAGGCUUUUCCAGUGCGUGUAGUUUACUCGUUUCACGCUGUUUCCUCUCCUCCCUCCAGUGAGUGUGAGCCUGCAGCCAGUGAUGAUCCCAGCAUCCCUGCCGACACGACCACAGCACCGCGGCAUUUUUCUUUUCAUGUACAUUUGAAUGUCACACUGGAAUAUAGAAUUUUCAUUUGAAUCGGCCGAGCGACCGUUUAUGCAGAUGAACUAACGGCGUACGUGCGACUUUAACUGCACACUGGCGGGAGAGCCACACGGGACACCGUCUGAACAUCAGCGCUACACUGGCCACAUUCGCACCCUCCACCGUCUCGAUGGAAACCAAGUACCAUCAGGCAUCACUGGGCUCUCUGGUGUGUACCCAAGACGAGGAGCCGAUGAGCUGCCAGACCCCGGACCCUGUUACAUACCAGCCGGGGAACACCGGGGUCGGAUCAGACUCCUUCCCAUGUCUGCGCCCCCUCACUCUCCCCCAGAAGUCCAAUGAGGACGCGCGGCGCUCGGGAGAGGUCACCGUUAUGGUCAAGGAGAAAGCCGAGAGUGCCGAUAGGAUUUGUUCUUCCCCAAACGAUGCUUCUACCUCCAAACCCAUUCUCUCGUGUCCUCCUCGCCGGCAUCAUUCUCUCCCUCAUUCUCACCAUCCACAUGUGGGCUGCACCCGGAUGGGCAGCCGCUCCAGCUCCAUCGCCUACACAGCGUUCUCCCCACGGCCCUCUAUUUCACGCCACUCCAGUAUCGCCACCAACCCCCCGAUGGACCGCUCCAAACCCAAAGACUACCUCAUCCUCACCAUCAUCGCCUGCUUCUGUCCUGCCUGGCCAAUCAACAUCGUGGGAUUUGUUUACUCCAUCAUGUCCCGGAACAGUCUGGAGCAGGGGAACAUAGACGGAGCGAGGCGACUGGGUCGCGUGGCCAAGCUGCUCUCUGUGGUCUCUCUGGUGGGGGGAGCUGUCAUCUUCAUAGCAUGCGCAGUGAAUCUGUCAAUUCAUGUCAAAUACUGAGUGCAGUGAAUGUGCCACGGAAUCCAGCUUCACAUCAGACCACUGACCCGAACACCACGGCCCAUUUGUUUUGCCCCGCCGCUGCUGUGACGGCAAUCACAACAUAGAGAGCAAUCGAUACGCAGAUGACUUUGCUCUCUGAAAGAAACCUUGCUAAUCUGCAACAUCCUUCAAACAGAUGCUUCACUGAAGUCACACACAUUAAUGAAAAAAGAGUAAAAGAGUUUUUCUCGCGCGUUCGUUCCUUGGCACUUGCUCCGAGGGCUGUUGGAGUCUCUCACACCUGAACAUGAACAACUGUGGCUCACUCUCUGUAAAGACUGGCUGCACUCACACACUGGCAUUGAGGAGAAUUGCAGGUAAAGCCAAAGUAUUUUUCCUUCUCCAGAAGCAGAAAACAAGCCAAACCGAAAUACAGACAUAGGUUUGUCAGAUUAUUCCAACCAAUGAGAAUCACAGGCCAGUUGUUCUGAAGUGGCUCACAUGUGAUGAAGUGGAUCUCCUCAGUCAUGAUCACAUCCUUAUAUCGUUUUCAGAACCUCAGAGAACCUUUAUGAGAUCACCUGUGAGUAAAGAGGGGAGCAGAUAUCUUAGUAAUAAGAGUUAGAUUUUUAUUUUCAUGUCCUUAUAUACUGUACAUUUUUGAAAAAUGAGAAAAACAUUUAGAUUUAUUUUCUGCCAUCAGACAUUUGGAGUUUUAUAUCAUGAUACUGUUUUAAUUAUUCUUUAUUUUUCAUUUAAAUUUUUCAAAUGUCAAUCAAAUCUUUAUUUUUCUUGCUUUCUUUUCCUUUGCCUUUAUCUCAAGAAAAUUCGACUGUUCUUGAACGUGACACGUGUGUAGUCAUGCUUGCACAAAAUGUAGCUAACAACCCUAAAAUAAUCCACACCCCUUUUGAUAAAGAAAUAUGCAAGCACUCACAGGCAAAAUGGAUUUUCAUCACAUAGUAAAAUAAUAGCCUUUCUAAAAACACACUGUGUCUGCUGCAAACCUUUGUAUUGAACUGUUGUUGGGUUAUUUAUAUACACUGUGUAAUCUGAAAUAUCUGUAGCUAAAUGUAGCCAAAUCACAACCCAAUCUUGCAAUAUUGUAUUAAUCAGACAUUGUGUUAAUGUACCCGUCCUGUAGAUCCAAACGAGUCAUUAGUCUGGUAAUACUGAGUCUAUGAGCUUGUGGGGACUGAUGUAGGAUUUGAACUGUAUAUAAAGAGGAAUGUAAGAUGAUGAACUGAUGUCAUCGUUCUCUGGUUGUGAAUGGAUGUAGCUUUUGUGCAUUUCACUUCUGUUUAGAUUCAAUAAUACUGCAUAUGCUAGACUAGAGAACUUGUGAUAUGUGAUGAUUAUAUUUAUGGUAGGUUCAGUUAGUUAAAUCCAUGUAUUUCUUUACAUCUUUUUUUUUUUUUAAUGGUUUAUAAUACAUUUUAUUGUUGCUAAUAUCUUUUGACUCAUGGGUCAUUUGACUCAUACAUCAACACUUUUGUUUCAGUCCACCCUGAUAGAAUGACAAAGAGCUGAGAUGUAUGAAAUAUUUAGCUAAUACAAACAUUGUGCACUUUGCAUGCACCCUUCUUUCUCAAAUACUUUGAUAGUCUUGUAAGCAGCACUCUUUCCCUCUAUGUAUCCUCCCAGGGAAACCGAAUAAAGCAUUUCAAAUAUGUGAAA